AUGAAGAAUCCAGCCAUUGUCGGAGUUCUCUGCACGGACCAACAAGGACAUAUUCUAGGCUGUAAGUAAAGUUAGACCAAUUUCUUGUUGUUUUCAUUAUUUAUCUUAUUAUUCAGCUGGCAAACAUUUGACUGACGACCGCACGCAGUCGUCGUCAUCUUCAUCAUAGUGGGAAAUGAUGCUAACUACACUAUUUUCUUUCAGCCCAUGUAUGGCAAUUCUCUUAUUCUUCUGUCUAACAAUUGACACUUCAACAAAAGACUAACUGAAUGUUUGAAAACUAGGAACAUAUCCUCUUGAAAUGGCAAUAGUUACAAAUAUUAGACAAUGCAAUAAGUCAAAUAAUAGUAGCCUAGCUAUAGCCAAAGCCUGUUAUCUCUGGUAGGGGGGUAAAUCCAUUUGAAUUCAAUCACUUUUUGACAGCACCCCUUUUUCAUUUGAACAAAACCUUCCAUACAUAUUUUACCGUUGUAGAAGUGCUCAGAAAGUGACUUGUUGGACCUGAAUGCCAAAACAUUAAUUUACUUAUAUAUUUUUCAUUUAGCAGAUGCUCUUAUCCAGAGCGACUUACAGUUAGUGAGUGCAUACAUUUUUUCAUACUGGCCCCCCGUGGGAAACGAACCCACAACCCCUGGCGUUGCAAGCGCCAUGCUCUACCAACUGAGCUACACGGGGCUAUUCAAGAGAUAAAGGUGCACAAAGUUGACCUAUUUUACCCCACCAUAGCCCAAUAAUGUACUCUUAAAGAUGUGUGGGCGAGCCUACCAUUUCUCCUUAAAGGUAGACUCAGCGACGUGACGUAGAUGCAGAAAGUAAACAGCAUCGUGUGGCAAUUUCCACAACAACUAAGUGCGUCGAAGCGCAUGGCUCAACUUCUCCGCUAUUUUGGUGCCAUGGCUACCACGCUGUGAACGAAGUCUUGCAUCUCAUUCAUCUCAAUAGCUGCUCAUUUCGCUAAGUCUACCUUUUUAAGGUCCAAGGACCAAAACAGCCAGAUACUCCAUCUGAAGGUGAAUCAAUUCUCGAUUGCUAUACGGUUCUAGAAACAUAAAGCCCUCUACUUUCAUAUCACAUCAAAAUAAUUUCACAAACGCUAAAUACACACUUACUGUACAAUAUUUUAACUGGCUUUAUCACAGUUGCAGCCGACAACACAUUUCUGGCGGCCUUCUUCCGUUACACACAGGUGUUAGGAGCAUGCUAUAGCUAAAUAGCACAGGUGGUCGCCUCUCUUCUGUCUGUCUUCCGUGAACACAUGCUGUAACAUGGAGAUAGGGCCGUGUGGGAAAACUAGCCCCUAUGAAGGUGUGUAGUAAUUGAACCUUUUUAGUUUUUUGAAAAUUAUUUAUUGCUGAUAAGAAAGAUACAGUGAGGGGAAAAAAGUAUUUGAUCCCCUGCUGAUUUCGUAAGUUUGCCCACUGACAAAGAAAUGAUCAGUCUAUAAUUUUAAUGGUAGGUUUAUUUGUACAGUGAGAGACAGAAUAACAACAACAAAAUCCAGAAAAACGCAUGUCAAAAAUGUUAUAUUGAUUUGCAUUUUAAUGAGGGAAAUAAGUAUUUGACCCCCUCUCAAUCAGAAAGAUAUCUGGCUCCCAGGUGUCUUUUAUACAGGUAACGAGCUGAGAUUAGGAGCACGCUCUUAAAGGGAGUGCUCCUAAUCUCAGCUUGUUACCUGUAUAAAAGACACCUGUCCACAGAAGCAAUCAAUCAGAUUCCAAACUCUCCACCAUGGCCAAGACCAAAGAGCUCUCCAAGGAUGUCAGGGACAAGAUUGUAGACCUACACAAGGCUGGAAUGGGCUACAAGACCAUCGCCAAGCAGUGAGAAGGUGACAACAGUUGGUGCGAUUAUUCGCAAAUGGAAGAAACACAAAAGAACUGUCAAUCUCCCUCGGCCUUGGGCUCCAUGCAAGAUCUCACCUCGUGGAGUUGCAAUGAUCAUGAGAACGGUGAGGAAUCAGCCCAGAACUACACGGGAGGAUCUUGUCAAUGAUCUCAAGGCAGCUGGGACCAUAGUCACCAAGAAAACAAUUGGUAACACACUAUGCCGUGAAGGACUGAAAUCCUGCAGUGCCCGCAAGGUCCCCCUGCUCAAGAAAACACAUAUACAGGGCCGUCUGAAGUUUGCCAAUGAACAUCUGAAUGAUUCAGAGGAGAACUGGGUGAAAGUGUUGUAGUCAGAUGAGACCAAAAUCGAGCUCUUUGGCAUCAACUGUUUGGAGGAGGAGGAAAGCUUCCUAUGACCCCAAGAACACCAUCCCCACCGUCAAACAUGGAGGUGGAAACAUUAUGCUUUAGGGGUGUUUUUCUGCUAAGGGGACAGGACAACUUCACCGCAUCAAAGGGACGAUGGAUGGGGCCAUGUACCGUCAAAUCUUGGGUGAGAACCUCCUUCCCUCAGCCAGGGCAUUGAAAAUGGGUCGUGGAUGGGUAUUCCAGCAUGACAAUAACCCAAAACACACGGUCAAGGCAAUAAAGGAGUGGCUCAAGAAGAAGCACAUUAAGGUCCUGGAGUGGCCUAGCCAGUCUCCAGACCUUAAUCCCAUAGAAAAUCUGUGGAGGGAGCUGAAGGUUCGAGUUGUCAAACGUCAGGCUCGAAACCGUAAUGACUUGGAGAAGUUCUGCAAAGAGGAGUGGGACAAAAUCCCUCCUGAGAUGUGUGCAAACCUGGUGGCCAACUACAAGAAAGAUCUGACCUCUGUGAUUGCCAACAAGGGUUUUGCCACCAAGUACUAAGUCAUGUUUUGCAGAGGGGUCAAAUACUUAUUUCCCUCAUUAAAAUGCAAAUCAAUUUAUAAAAUUUUUUACAUGUGUUUUUCUGGAUUUUUUUGUUGUUAUUCUUUCUCUCACUGUUCAAAUAAACCUACCAUUAAAAUGAUAGACUGAUCAUGUUUUUGUCAGUGGGCAAACAUACAAAAUCAGCAGGGGAUCAAAUACUUUUUUCCCUCAAUGUACAUUCCUUAUGUUUCGAAAAACCGCACAGUAAGCGAUGUGUGUUCACGUUUAGACCGAGCGUCAGGCCUAUUAACAAAAGUCCCCUGGGAAGAAGAUAACUUCAUCAAUAGACACUAAAGGUAGUUAGCGUCUAUGGAUGGGGUAACCCCACCAUACCAUGAGACAUCCAUGUCUUUAUCACUGGAAAAGAUAAACAGUUGAGAUAUCAUUUAAAAGCUUACAAACAGGGUUGUCAAACUAUUUUAUACCUUUUGGAAAAAUCCUAUUUUUUUUUAUAAACAUGUCAUUUUUUAACCUUAAACGUAAUUUAUCUAAAAACACUUAAAAUCAACAAAAAAAAUCUCAUAUUUGCAUGUUGAAGAUUAGACCCUAUUUUACAUAAUCUGAGGUUUGAGACAUGCUAUUGAAUACAUGGCCCUGGCUAAUGUACCAGGCCCACUUUCGAAACUAGUGAACUUAUCACUAGAUCAGCCUACAUUUCGCUCUGUUCUUCCAUAUGACUGAAUCUGAGUCUGCUUUGUCUCCUUGUGUUUGUUUCAGGUCGUGGCUCUCUGUCUGAUGAGCACGGGGGAGUGGUGUCUGUACUGGUCAGACAGGCAGCCUCUCUCACCAGAGACCCUACAGACAGCCCCACAGUGUGCCUGGAGUCAGAUUUAGGGUGAGGAACCACAUCCAAUCAGGAGUCAAUAUUAGGGCGAGUUCCCUUUUGCAUCGCUUAGUGCCCCGGGUUGGUAGAGAUUUCAUUUUAGGACCUAUAAAAUGUGCAAACUCUGCCCACCCGGGGUACCCGGCGAUGCAAAACGAACUCGCCCUCAGAUAGUUAUAUGACCUGUUACUAUUGACAAAUAGAGUUUCUAGACCCUUCCUCUUUGGGACUUGUGUGGAUCUGA